AUGAGAAGGAAGCUAAGAAAUGGAAAGGUGGCCCGCGCUGGGAUAUGCCCAGGCGCGGGCGAAAUCGCUGGAGCGCUGAGGCAGUCGCGCGCGGCUAAGUCCCCACUGCAAGGGCGGGCUAGCGGCGCGCGCCCGAAAACCGCCGGCGCCGGCGCGCUGAGGCACUCGCGCGCGCCUAAGUCCCCACCACAGGGGCCAGGCUAGCAGGCGCGCGCAACGACCGAGGCGCCCCUGUCGAGCUGAGAGUGGACUCUUCACACAAGUCCCUUGUGCCCGCCAUCCUACGACCGAUCGAUGGCGCCAAGGUUACCUCGGGCGAGCACAAGAUGUACCUCUUCACGGAUGCCAGUCGGGUUGGCAUUGGCGCUUGUUUGGCGUCCGGGCCCAACCGUUCGCAGGCCGUUCCAACGCGAUUCUUUUCCGCUAAGUUCAACGGUGCUCAGCUCAACUAUCAUGUCACUGAUAAAGAGUUCUUGGCUGUCGUCUCGGCGUGUCGGGCGUUCGAGCAGCACUUGAUCGGUUACCCCUUCGUCAUCGUCACCGACCAUCAGGCCCUUCGCACGAUAAAAACCCAAAAACUGCGCCAAACGCCUCGGCACAUCCGCAUGUGUCUCGAACUCAGCCGUUUCGACUUCGAAUUUGAAUUCAUUGCUGGCAAGAACAACACCCUGGCCGAUUUGUUGUCGCGUCUGUGGGAGGUCAAGCAGGGUUCACACGAGGAUCAGGUCAAGGAGAAUGAGUUGGAGGACAUGUUCUUUGAUGGAGAACGCCACGAAUUCACUACACCCGGUGAGAGCCUCCCUGAGGAACGUCCUUGCACUUCACCAUCUCCCGAUCGGUUGCCUCCUGUUGAUUUUGCCCUCGGGCCCCAACACGACGAUUGCGAGGCAGGCUCUCCCGGAUACUACGCGCUCAAGGAGGAAUCGCAAGACGAGGACGUGAAUGGACAGGAAUUAGGGAAUUUGUUCUUGAAGGAAGAAUGCCACGAGUUCAUUACGCCCGGUGAGAGCCUCCUCGAGGAACGUCCUUACACCUCACCUUCGCACGAUCGGUUGCCCCCUGUUGAUUGCGCCUUCGGGCCCUGGGGUCACGGUUACGACGCAGGCUCUCCCGGUUCCCCUCAUCUGGCCGAGAACAUUAUGGACGCCGUCGAUUGGUCUAUCGGCCGCCUCUCUCCUCCCAUCGCUGUCAAUCGAGUUCACGCUAUUGCUACGGCCCCUGCCAACGACCCGCCCAUUCCGGUCGAUGCCGACGCCGACGAACUCGAUUUGUUGGGAGUUGCCACCGAUGAUGUCAACGACACCCCUGUAGUCCAUCGGCCGCCUGAUCCACUGCCCCAACCCUUCCUCGACACCGUCAUCCGAGCAUACGCCAACGAUUCGCAAGCCCAGGUCAUCAUUACCGACCCGCUAUCAUGGCCUAUGUUUCGGGUGACCGAGGAAGGGAGGAUUUUGCGUGUACAUCCAGAUGAGUCUAUUUCCUUGUUUGUGCCUCGUGGUCUCGCUACUGGCGUCGUCAACUCCGACAAGGUCCCAUCGCUGCGCGAGCUCGUGCUUUCGGAGAUUCAUCGGAGUGUCGGGCAUGCAGGACAUCGCAUCACCUUGGCCGCCAUCCGUCCUUUGUACUGGUGGUCGUCCAUGUCUGCCGAUUGCGCCGAGUUCUGCCGUUCAUGUGAAGACUGUAUGAGAUGAUCACCACUACUGUCAGGAGAAGUCGAGAGUCGAACAGAAGUGAUCUAUUUCAGCGUACCUAUGAGAUGAUCACCACUACUGUCAGGAGAAGUCGAGAGUCGAACAGAAGUGAUGAGAAGGAAGCUAAGAAAUGGAAAGGGGGCCCGCGCUGGGAUAUGCCCAGGCGCGGGCGAAAUCGCUGGAGCGCUGAGGCAGUCGCGCGCGGCUAAGUCCCCACUGCAAGGGCGGGCUAGCGGCGCGCGCCCGAAAACCGCCGGCGCCGGCGCGCUGAGGCACUCGCGCGCGCCUAAGUCCCCACCACAGGGGCCAGGCUAGCAGGCGCGCGCAACGACCGAGGCGCCCCUGUCGAGCUGAGAGUGGACUCUUCACAGACUGUACCCGAGGCAAGGCGUCCACUCAAGUCCCCUAUGGCCGACUGCAUCCGAUGCCGAUCCCUUCUGGUCCUUGGGAACAAGUGGCCAUCGACUUCAUGACAGGACUGCCUCCGGUCGAGCUCGAAGGGAUGAUGGUUGCUCAAAUCAUGGUGGUCACUGACACUUGGGGCAAGAUGGUCCACCUGAUUCCCCUCCCAGCCGAUGCCGACUCGGAGCUCGUUGCCGAGAAGUACUACGCCACCGUCUUCCGACUGCAUGGGAUGCCUUCCGCCAUCGUUUCCGACCGUGAUCCCAAGUUCACCUCGCAGUUUUGGCGGGCAUUGCAGGCAAAGAUUGGCACCGUCUUGCGAAUGUCAACCGCGGCACACCCGGAGACGGACGGAUCGAGCGAGAAUCGGAUCAAGAUGGUCACCCAAACCCUGCGGAUCAUGGUCUCGUCAAACCACGAGGCUUGGGCAUCUCGUCUUGUUGAAGCUGAGUUCGCUCUUAACUCUUCUGUUGCUGUGUCCACGUCGCUGUCGGCUUUUGAGGCAACCUACGGCUACCUUCCUCGAUGCUGGCCCUCGGAUUCCUGGUCUGUCUCGGACGUCCCUCGUGCGGAAGCGUUUGCUCGGAUCCGACAAUUACGGAACCUCGACGUGACGGAUGCGAUCAUUGGAGCACGCCUCAACCAGUCCCAUCAGGCCAACAAGCAUCAACGCCCAGACGACCCCGCCUUUCGGACCGGCAGUUACGUCUAUCUUUCGACAAAGAACCUGGCAGUUCCUGACGGCAUGAAGUCGAAGUUGUUGCCGCGCUACAUCGGCCCCUUCCGUAUCCGAGCGGCCAUCCCUGCGACGUCCAGCUACGACCUCGAGCUCCCUCCAGCGAUGUCGCGAGUGCACAAUCGUUUCCAUGCUCGACUGCUUCGGCCUUGCGUUGAGAAUGAUGCUGAAAGGUUUCCUGGGCGUGACCCCGCAGUUCUUUUUGUCGAAGACGUAGCCGACGCGGCCGACAAUUCUGCGAUUCCGGAACGGAUUGUUCGCGAUCGGCGGAACGCUCGGGGCGCUCGUUCGUUCUUGGUUCGAUGGGUAGGCCGUAACGACACCGACGAUACUUGGAUGUCAGAGCAGUCCAUUCGCCUUGACCAUCCGUCCGUCCUCGACGCCUACCUCGCGCGCCUCGAUCGCUCGAACCGCCGCCUCGCCGCACGGUAG